AAAAAAAGAAAAAAAAAAAAAGGAAAAAAAAAGAGGCGUCUACCAGAGCGGCUCAAACCGGGAGAACAAAUGCAGUUCAGCCAUGGACAAUAGUGGCAACCACACGGCGACCAAAAUCCUAGCGACUCCUCCGUCCAGAGAAAGCCUGUCUGCCAGGAGCAACAUGAUCAGCACGCCCAAGCCACUCGCCUUCUCCAUUGAGCGCAUCAUGGCGCGGACUCCAGAGCCCCGCUCCAUCCCCGUCCCGCAGCUCCUCCAUGGCUCCGUGGCCAAAGGCGACCCCAAGCAUCCGCUGCACCUCAACUCCUCCAUCCCCUGCAUGAUCCCCUUUGUCCCGGUGGCGUACGAUACCCUGCCCAAAGCAGCGGUGGCUGGAGCGGAACCCAGGAAAGCUCACUUAGAUUCCUCUUCCUCGCCCUCCUUUAGCUGCGGCGAUCUCUUGAACUGUGCCCUGAGCUUGAAAGGAGAUUUCCCCCGCGAUGCCCUGCCCUUGCAGCAGUACAAACUGGUAAGACCCCGAGUGGUCAAUCACUCCUCCUUCCACGCCAUGGGAGCCCUGUGCUAUUUCAACCGAGGCGACAGCCCCUGUCACCCGUCCUCCAGUGUCAACAUCCACCCGGUGGCUUCUUAUUUCCUCAGCUCUCCCUUGCACCCGCAGCCCAAGGCUUACCUGGCGGAGCGGAACAAGCUGGUGCUACCGACCGUGGACAAGUACCCGGCGGGGGUGGCCUUCAAGGACUUAUCGCAGGCUCAGUUGCAGCACUACAUGAAAGAAAGUGCUCAGAUCCUCUCGGAAAAAAUCGCCUAUAAGACGUCGGAGUUCAGCCGCGGCUCCCCGAGCAGCAAGCCCAAAGUUUUCACGUGUGAAGUUUGUGGAAAGGUAUUUAAUGCACAUUAUAACUUAACGCGCCAUAUGCCGGUGCACACGGGAGCCAGACCCUUUGUUUGCAAAGUUUGCGGGAAGGGCUUCAGACAGGCGAGCACGCUCUGCCGGCACAAGAUCAUCCACACCCAGGAAAAGCCACACAAGUGCAACCAGUGCGGCAAAGCCUUUAACCGGAGCUCGACCCUGAACACGCACACGCGAAUACACGCCGGCUAUAAACCAUUUGUCUGUGAAUUUUGUGGCAAAGGAUUUCACCAGAAAGGCAAUUACAAAAACCACAAGCUGACUCACAGCGGGGAGAAGCAGUUCAAGUGCAAUAUCUGCAACAAGGCUUUUCACCAGGUGUACAAUCUGACCUUCCACAUGCACACCCACAACGACAAGAAGCCCUUCACCUGCCCCACCUGCGGCAAAGGCUUCUGCAGGAACUUUGACCUUAAGAAGCACGUCCGUAAGCUGCAUGACAGCGCCCUGGGACUGCCCCGGGCCCCCGCCGAGCUGGGGGGGCCGGACCCGCCGCCCCCGCCCGGGGCGCUGCUGCAGGGCCCGCCGCCGCUGCAGCCGUGAGGGGCGGCCGCCGGCGCCGCCGGGGCGAGCCCCACCGCCCCUUUGCAUGCACCUGUUAAGCGGUUUUGUGUAUUAUGCUCUAUAUCGCCACU